UCCUAGACAUAACUGAAAACGCGAUCUGGGGCACCGAAAGGAUGCCCUGAUGGCCUUCGAAGACGUCGACGAUGUCCAUCCAUUAAAUCGACACCCAGAAACGACGGAAAUAACGGUAACAGAAGGACGCUGGUCGUACCCACGAACAUUUUGCCUCCAUAUUGAUGACAGCGCCAGCGGUGCUAAUUUCAUGAAAUUUUUCGACGAAAUCGAAAUGCCCCCUACAUCUGGCUUGCUCAAGUAAUCAUCUUGGCCCCGCAAAUUAAAACGCGCAACGAGCGGAAAUAAAAAAGGCAAAAUCCUUAAGGAGACAGACCUAGACACCUCUGCACCCCCUAAACUUGACUUUCUAUUUCGGAGGACCCCAAGCCGUACGCAAUGGCGUCCCGAUAUUCGUGCCCUGAUAAAUGCGAAUUGCGUCGUCAAUGCCGUCUACCAACCGCUCGUAUCACACCGUUCCAUUCCGUUCACCAAUGUUUACCAUUUUUAAUAUAAGCAACACACACUUCAACAACAAGCUAACAGCACCCUGGCCUCUUAAUGUUUAGGUGUAGAAGUGCAGCAACAUGUCUGCACAGUUCACUGCUACGGAGAUCAAACUCGAAGGAGACACUGGAGAGAAUGUCACAGAAAUUCAGUCCUACCUCGAAGGCUUCCAGAAGGAAAUUGAAAGUGGAGAUGGAACCAUUGCAACUGUUGCUGAAAUUGAAGAAGGUGAAGGUGAAACCGAGGAGGGCACAUACUUUGUUGAUCAAGCAGGUCAUUACUAUUACCAGGCGAAAGGUGAAUCUCAGCCUGUAAUGACUGUGGUGCCUGCACUAAAUGAGGAAGAAAAUGGAGAGGAAUUCAUCAUAAAUGCUGAGAAUGAGGAGGAGGGUGUUGAUGAGGAUGGAGCCAAACACCAAAAUAAUUUCCAAAGAAUUACUGUUGUUCCAACUGGUACAGAUUCAGGCAGUAAUGAACUUAGUUAUGUACUUAUUGUACAGCAGCCGGAUGAGAAGGAGGGAGAACAGACAGAUGGAGAUCAGGAUAUGACUGUGUACGAUUUUGAUGAAGGAGAGGAAGCCGGUAUCGUUGAUUCCGAAGCGGAAGAUGACAAAUCGAAAAUUGUCAAGAUAUUCCCUAGGAAAUCGCAGGUGGUCACUCAGGCUCAUAUGUGCAACUACUGCAAUUACACAAGUCCUAAACGGUAUUUGCUUUCGCGCCAUAUGAAAUCGCAUUCUGAGGAGAGACCACACAAAUGUUCAGUUUGUGAAAGAGGAUUCAAAACAUUGGCCUCCCUGCAGAAUCACGUUAACACGCAUACCGGUACGAAACCGCAUCUAUGCAAGUACUGUGAUGCGGCGUUUACCACGUCCGGUGAGCUGGUGCGGCACGUUAGAUACCGCCACACCCACGAGAAACCGCAUAAAUGCAAUGAGUGUGAUUACGCUAGUGUUGAGCUGUCCAAAUUGAAGAGACAUAUAAGGUGCCAUACGGGCGAAAGACCCUACCAAUGCCCCCAAUGUACAUAUGCUAGUCCAGAUACAUUUAAACUCAAAAGGCAUUUACGAAUUCACACUGGGGAGAAACCUUACAAGUGUGAUAUUUGCCAGCAGUGCUUCACCCAAAGUAACAGUCUUAAAGCCCACAAAUUGACCCAUUUUGCCGGAGACAAACCAGUCUUCCAGUGCGAACUGUGUCCCACCACAUGCGGUCGCAAAACUGAUUUACGUAUCCAUGUGCAGAAAUUGCACACGUCUGAUAAACCUCUCAAGUGCAAACGAUGCGGAAAACAAUUCCCAGAUAGAUACAGUUAUAAGCUUCACAACAAGACCCACGAAGGCGAAAAGUGUUUCAAAUGCGAGCUGUGCCCGUACGCGUCCAUUUCCGCAAGGCAUCUGGAAUCGCACAUGCUUAUCCACACCGACCAGAAGCCAUACCACUGUUCACAGUGCGAUCAAUCGUUCAGGCAGAAGCAGUUGCUCAAGCGCCAUCAAAAUCUUUACCACAAUCCGACAUACGUGCCGCCACCUCCCAAAGAGAAGACCCACGAGUGUCCCGAAUGUGGCCGAGCCUUCCGCCACAAGGGGAACCUGAUCAGGCAUAUGGCCAUGCACGAUCCAGAUUCCAUGUUGCAGGAGAAGCAGCUGGCCUUGAAACUGGGUAGGCAGAAGAAGAUUCAGAUUAUAGAUGGACAGCAGGUGGAGGUGAUGCCUGGAAUGGAUAGCGACGAAGAGGAAGAAGAAGAGGACGAGGAGGAUGAGGAAGAAGAGGAAACCGAAUUGGUGGGCGUCGAAAGUCCCGAUGGACAGCAGUACGUAGUUUUGGAAGUCAUACAGUUGGCGGACGGGGAGGAGCAAGCGAUGGUGGUCGAUGGGCAGAACGAAAUGCUCGGCGAACCGAUGCUUCAAGAUGAUAUGGUUCUUAAGGCCAUUACCAAUUCGAGGAGGAUCGAGAAACAGGAACAGAAGAAAGCGUCCACCCACGAUAUGGAAACUUGCUUUGGCUUCGACGAAGACGACGAUGAUGACGUGGAAAUUGGUAAAGAGUCUAUCACGUUGCUGGGGAUGGACUGAAGCGGCUAAUCUCAUUAUGUAAUUGUAAAUAAUUUUAUUGCCUUUAUAUGUUUUAUUAAUAUUAGAGAUUGUUUCAUUUAUUUUUCUAAUCAUUUUUCGUUAGCAAUGAUUACGACGAUGAUGAUGGUAAUAUUUUCUUAUUAAGUCUUUUUCUAUUGAGUAAGAAACACGUUCUGUACAUAAUAAUAUUGUUAGUUAGAUGUUCGGGGGCUGAGAUAUGAGUCGCUUUACUCCUAUAUAAUUCCACUCUUAUGUAGACAGAUAUAAGAACAGUUAUCGUUCUCCCGGAAACGGAAAUCAAUUGCAAAUAUUUGUUUUCACCUUUUUUUUAUUUAUAUAUAUAAUAUAUAAAUUCUAUUGUGUAAGAGAAUUCGAUAAUUUAGUUCUAGCAGUUUACUAAUAGUCAUUUGUUACGUAUAUUUAUCAACAACCAAAACCAAAUUUAGUUUGUAUAAAGAAUUAUCGGCAUGUUCAAGAACAACAACAGUAACCUUAUUUUAACGUUAUUAUAUGACUACCUAUUGUAUUUGAAUAAUAAACCGUACAAUGUUGGCAAAUCCAUUUUCGUCUGCAUCCGCCGCACGUUCUAAAUGUAACGCUCUUGUCCAUAUGUGUUUAGUUAAGAUGAUACCAGAAGAUUCGAGAUGAUGUGACGCCAUCUGUUUGUAUAAAAUUUAUCAGAAAAUAUUUUAAAUAAAAGCAUGAAUUGUAACAGAUGAUGAAUGGAAAAAAAAUAUUCAUUUGUUUGCGAAAUCACUAAACCAAACUCUGCUCUUCCCGCAAGUUAUUUAUAACACUAAAACGCCAAAGAAACAGGUCAACCACGAACGCUGUAGAUGUGACCAUUUUUUUUUGUACCAAAUUUACGACCGGGUUUCACGCUAACGCAGACAUAAAUUGACGAUUUUAUGGCGAUAGUCGUAAAAGUCCAACAAACAAUAUUUAAUUUAUUUCCGUACUCAAUAAUAUUU